AUGGAUAUUCACCGCUGCAGAUUCGUUCCAUACCCUCCGUCAACAAUCAAUGCAUUGGCAUUCACACACUCGAAGUUGACAAAAGGACAAUCUGCCGUUUCCCCACGAUUAGCCCUCGGUCGCGCAAACGGUGAUAUCGAGCUUUGGAACCCGCAAAAAGGAUCAUGGCUUCAAGAGACAAUCAUCCGGGGUGGAAAGGAUCGCAGUAUUGAUGGACUAGUUUGGACUCAAGAUCCUAAUGAGGAUGUUAAUGGCACGAAAAUAAUUGGGAAAUCCAGGCUCUUCAGCAUCGGAUACACUACAACUGUUACCGAGUGGGAUUUGGUGAAAGGUCAGCCAUUACGUUCAGCGAGCGGAAACCAUGGAGAGAUAUGGUGUCUUGCUGCCCAGCCCGCAGAAGAACAAAAAGCUGGAGAGGAACCUUCUGGAGAAUGUCAAAAGCUUAUAGCUGGUUGUGUUGACGGAGCUUUGGUUUUAUACUCCACAGCGGAUGAAGAUCUGCAAUUACAAAAAGUUCUUGUUCGCCCAUCCGCGAAAAAAGCAAAGAUUGUUAGUGUUGCCUUCCAAGAUCGCAAUCAUGUUAUUGCAGGAUGUUCAGAUAGCAAUAUUCGAGUUUAUGAUAUACGAACUGGAUCAAUGGUAAGACAGAUGUCUUUGGGAGCUGGACCUAAAGGGGGACCCAAAGAUAUUAUUGUUUGGGCUGUCAAAGCAUUACCAAAUGGAGACAUAAUAUCUGGUGACUCGACGGGAGAAAUUAAAAUAUGGCAGGGCAAAACAUACAGUAUGAUGCAGCACAUUAAAAGUCAUACCCAAGACGUUCUCAGCCUUGCAACAAGCUCUGAUGGGAUGACAAUUUUCAGUGGUGGUAUGGAUAGACGGACGGUCGUCUACAAACAAAUAAAAGGGAAGAAGAGAUGGUCAGAAGUGAGGCACAGAAGAUUUCAUAGCCACGAUGUUAAGGCUAUGGCAAGCUUGGAAUGUCAGGGAAUCAGUGUUGUGGUUUCCGGAGGUCCCGAUGCCGCACCUACUGUUCUGCCACUGGCGCAUUCUGGUCAAGAGAACCAACGUGCCCUGCCAUUCCUCCCUCAACCAUCCAUUAUUCAAAGUUCUACAAGAAAGAGAUUGUUGAUGAGCUGGUGGGAUAGAGAAAUAAAUAUCUGGCGCAUAAACAAACUGUCGGAUUCGAUCAACGGCGAUGAAUUAGAAGCCGCGGCUGUCAAUCGCAAAUUGGUAGCGAAGAUAUUAAUCAAGGGAGAGUCUAACAUCACAUCGGCGAGUUUGAAUGCUGGAGGAAACCUGCUCGCUGUUUCAACUGUGUCAGAUAUAAAGCUAUUCCGUCUCAAGGCACGGAAACCAGAAGAGGGUGAGGGUCUCAAGGUAUCAACCGUCACUGUACCACACGUUUUUUCUUCUGGAGCGCGUUUGAUUCAGUUCUCCCCUGAUGGAAACUGGUUAUCGGUAAUUCGUGACGAUAGCUCGAUUGCCGUGGCACGAAUCAUUCAAGACAAUGCCUCACCAUCAUCCUUCAGUAUAAUACCUCAGCUCUCAAAACUUUCUCGUCUUGAUCGCAACAUCUCAAAAGCCAAGCUUCUAGGUGGUCUCGGCGCAUACGAAAGAACCGUCACUCAAGUAGCAUUCUCAUCUGAUAGCAGAAUUUUAGUAGUCAGCGAUUUGGCAGGUUUUGUUGAUACUUGGGUUUUAGAAGGAAUCGAAGAUCUCACACAAGAAUUGGAGGAAACGCAGGAAGAUGACGCAUCUGAUGAUGAAUCUGACGAUGGCUCCGACGUCGAAGAAGAGAAGAAGCCAAAAUUAGUUUUCGGUCAACAUUGGACACGUAAUCCUUCUGCCACUCGUUUACCAAAACUUCCCGCCGCGCCAGUUGUACUAUCAUUCCGCCCUUCAACUCGCCCGGCACUAAUCAACGGAGCCACACCUCCUGCUACACGCAACAAUCCUCGUCCUGUAUCUCACGAACUACCUGUCGCCGAGGACCGUUUAGUCAUUGUCACAUCCACUAAUGAAAUUUAUGAGUUCGAAGUUCUCACCGGUUCACUCACACCUUGGUCUCGUAGAAACCCCACCUCUACAUUUCCACUUGCUUUCCGCCAAGUCAUGGAUUUGGCAAGAGGUUGCAUAUGGGAUAUUUCUAAUGGUCGAGAACGUAUGUGGCUACAUGGUGUUGGCUGGUUAUGGAUGUUCGAUCUAUCACAAGAUUUCCAUUUUGAAGAUGAAGAAGCAGAGGAGGAUGGAGAUUCUGAGAUUUCAGGAAACAAGCGCAGACGCUUUCAAUUAGGAAGAUCUGGAGCAGGAGGUAUGGUCGACCCAGAAGAGAACGAGACAGGCAUGUCCCGCAAAAUUCGCAAACUCAUUCACGAGGAGGAGACGCACGAAACGGAAGUUGAUGUAGAAGAUAACAAAUAUCAAAUGGAUGUUGAUUCGGACGAUGAUGAUAUUGGCAAUGAAUUGAAGUCACUGCUUAGGGAACGGUCGCAAAAAAGCGAGGAUGAGAAAUUUGGGGGACCAGCACAAACUUACAAAACAUUCAAGUACAGGCCUAUACUUGGUAUGGUAGAGAUUGGGGAGGGAGUAGAAGGUGGUCCUGAGGUGGCAAUCGUAGAAAGACCAAUCUGGGAAACUGACUUGCCAAUGAGACUAGAAGGUGACCAGGAGUGGGAAAAGAAGUCGUUGUAUUGA